UCAGUAGUCCCCUCUUCGCUCACUGGGGACGCCUCAUUUUCAACACCGGAGGCUGGCCUUCCUCAAGCCACGGAGUCUGAGACACAGUCAAUGUCAUCCCCUGGCCUGAAACCACGGGAAACCAGCACGUCCCAGCACACCACCCUGGACUCGGAGACAAUGAGUGUCCCUUCAUCGGCGUCCACUGAUACUACUGCGGGCGACUCUAGGACCCACGUCAUCUCCUCCAGCAGCACAUCCAUCCCUGGCCUUUCUCAGUCCACGAUUUCACCAGACAUGGCCACAGGAAUUAACACCAGGAUCUCUACCACCUCCACCUUGACAGAGUCCACAGCCCGAGCCGUGGUCCCCAAAACAGUUGUCCCUGGGACUACAUCACAGGACACAAGUAACACGGAUGCAUCAACCAUGGCCUCCUGGGCAGAAAGUCACUCAGCAGGGACUCAGGUUUCUGCAAGGUCAGUAGUGACCAUUGGCGUGGACACGGGUUCUGAGAUUGUGUCACAGACAAGCCCUGCCUCUGACCAAGACACCACAUCUCCAUCCCCCCUGGUGCCCUCACCUGCCACGACGUCACUUUCUCUACAUUCCCCCACAUCACAAGCCAGGGACAUUACUCCACCUGUCCCUGUCACUUCACCAAGCAAGCCUACGGGGCUGGGGACCAGCAGCGCAUUCAGCACAAGCUUGGGACUUGGGACAAGUCCAGCCUCAGGUGUGAGCAGCACCUCAGGUGACAGCCGGGUGUCUUCAGAAGCGUCUCCCACUACAGAGGGAAUGCACCUUUCCAGGAACACAGCAGUGACCAGCUUGGAGACCAUCACGUCUACACAGGAGUCCCGGUCCUUUGCCCCAGCGGGAUCCGAGACACCCAAAGGCACCACCUCAGUAGUCCCCCCUUCGCUCACUGGGGACACCUCAUUUUCCACGCCAGAGGUUGGUCUUUCUGAAACCACAGAGUCUGAGACAUGGUCAACAUCAUCCCAUAUCCUGGAACCACGAGAAACCAGCACAUCCCGGCAAGCCACCGUGGACUUGGAGACAAUGAGUGUCUCUUCUCCAGUGUCCACUGGACACCACAUCUCCAUCCCCCCUGGUGCCCUCACCUGCCACAACGUCACCUUCUCUACAUUCUCUGACAUCACAAGCCAGGGACCCUAUUGCACCUGUCCCUGCCACUUCACCAGGUACGCCUAG